AUGGAGCUUGACAAGUGUUUAGAAUUGCUGUACAGCGGUCAGCUUUUGCCCGAAUCUACUCUGAGGGCGUUAUGUUUUAAACUCAAAGAAAAACUGGUUAAAGAGUCCAAUGUGGUGCAUAUGUCUACUCCGGUGACAGUUGUGGGAGACCUACACGGCCAAUUUCACGAUCUGCUGGAAAUCUUCCAAAUUGGUGGGGCAGUGCCAAACACAAACUAUCUUUUCCUCGGGGACUAUGUUGAUCGCGGUCUGUAUAGUGUUGAGACAAUUUCGCUGCUUAUUGUGCUUAAACUGCGAUAUCCCAAUCGGGUGCAUCUUUUGCGAGGAAAUCAUGAGUCGCGGCAAAUCACGCAGAGCUACGGUUUCUAUUCAGAGUGCCUGAACAAAUAUAACGGUGGAAGCGGCGUGUGGCAGUGUUUCACAGAUCUAUUUGACUAUUUGGUCCUUUGCUGCAUUAUUGACGACGAACUGUUCUGCGUACACGGAGGACUUUCUCCCAAUGUGCAGACGAUAGACCAAAUUCGAAUUAUCGACCGGUUCCGGGAAAUACCGCACGAUGGUGCCAUGGCAGAUUUGGUAUGGUCUGACCCAGAAGACUCAACGGGAUCAGAGGCCAACGGGGGCCGGCUCACAACUUCUGCGACUCAAUUUCAGGUCUCUCCUCGAGGAGCAGGCUAUACAUUUGGGCGCAGCGUGGUGGAAAAGUUUCUACAGCUUAAUGGAAUGUCACGCAUCUACAGAGCGCACCAGCUAUGCAAUGAAGGGUAUCAAAUAUAUUUUGGUGGCCUUGUGACAACAGUAUGGUCAGCACCUAACUACUGCUACCGCUGUGGUAAUAAAGCAUCGAUUUUGGAGCUGUACGACAAAGAUCAUAGUUUUUUCAAUGUUUUUGAAGAAGCGCCUGAAAAUAAGCUGCUUAAUAGCUCAGCUACAUACAGAAAUGGUGGAAUGUUGAGCGAGUAUUUCGACGAAAGCGUGGAAUCACCAGACAUGUUCUCGGAUGAGUAUCAAGUAGCUUCAGCAUCGAAGCGACACGUGGAGUACUUCCUGUGA